AGAGGCUGUGCCUGCUGAGGUGCUGAUUCUUUAAUCUGUUUAUCUGUGCUGCUCAGCCAGCGUCUGAAGAGGCCGAGCCCUAAUCUCUAUGAGAACAUUGUGUAAUGCUGUUGCAUAACAUUCCAUCUUCAUGAAAGCCAGGAGCUCAGCUGUCUAAGUCAGAAGAUGGUCCCACACACACACACACACACACACACACACCCACACACACACACACAGCACCUCAAAGAUGUGCUCAGUGUCGUCUGUGAAAACAGAUGAGUUUUCAUCUGCUACCUGCCACCAGUUUCUGGAUGUCGGUCAUUCAAAGAUGAUCUACAGAAAAACGGAUUAGAAAUCAUGUCACCUGGUUCAUCUCUUGGAUAGCAGAGGUUAAAAAAAAGAUGAGGGGGUGUGGCCUGAGACGUCCACCUGACCGAUGGCCCCUCCUCACCUGCCUCCCUCGUGUUUGGCCAGCAGUGUCGAGUGUGACGGAGGAGUAAGAUGGUUUUGGGUUGACUUCAUCGGACAAGCCGUUGUUUUUCAUCUGUGGAUUGAUAACAAUGGAAUGAACAGCCAUGUUUUGAUCUACAGGAGCAGUUUGCACACUCGAACAUGCCUGGGGGCCAGUACCAGGUGACCGGCGUGAGGCUGAGCCACAGCCUGUACAGCCUGACGGACAGCUCCGACUGCAGCCCCGAGGACGAGGAGGCCAGCCCCCAGCUGCCCCUCACUCCCCUGCAGAAGCUCACCGCCGACAUGUGCAAAGACGAGAAGACCAUCAAGGAGCUGAUCAUAGGCCGCAGGGUCGGCUUCUACAAGGUCCGCGGGGAGAUCGGCUACGGCACCUUCUCCAGGGUCAAACUGGCUUUCCACGCGCUGACUCGAGACAAGGUAGCCUUGAAGAUCCUGGACAGGAUGAGGCUGGACGCUCAGGCCCAGCGCCUCCUCUCCAGGGAGAUCAAUAACAUGGAGGUCCUGCAGCAUCCUAACAUCAUCCGCCUGUACGAGGUGGUGGAGACGCCAAGCCGCCUUUACCUGGUGCUGGAGUACGCCGGAGGAGGAGACCUGCACAACCGGAUCUGCAAUGAAGGCAAACUGUGCGACAACACCAGCAAGAUCACCUUCGCCCAGAUCCUCUCUGCUAUCAAAUAUAUGCACAACAUCAGCAUCAUCCACCGCGACCUGAAGGCCGAGAACGUUCUCUUCACCACCAGCGGCUCCGUCAAGGUAGCAGACUUUGGAUUCAGCACCCGAGUGUCCAACCGCAACCUCGCCCUGGACACCUUCUGCGGUUCCCCCCCUUACGCAGCUCCGGAGCUCUUCAGGGACGAGUCCUACCUGGGCCCCCCCGUGGACGUGUGGGCCAUGGGGGUGCUGCUUUUCUUUAUGGUGACGGGCACCAUGCCGUUUCGCGCUGAAACUAUGGGGAAGCUGCGGCGCUGCAUCAUCGAGGGCAACUACACUUUACCCCCUUGGGUUCCGGGCCCCUGCCAGAGGCUCAUCCGGGGCAUCCUGAAGUCGGCCCCUGCCGAGCGCUACGCCAUCGACCAGAUGCUGGGCUGUGAUUGGCUCCUCCCUGUGGAGUUCCCCUGGUCGUUGGUGCCUCCGGAGCCUACCAACGCUCUGCAGCGCCUCCUGGAUUCGGAGCACAGCAACAACAUAGAGGAGGAGGUCCACGAGGAGGUCAAGAGCUCGCUGCAGGAGCUGGGCUUCACCCCCGAGCACCUAGAGAACAACCAGCUGACAGACAGCCGGAGCCCCGUCACCGGGGUGUACCGGAUCCUGCUGCAUCGCUCCCAGAAGAGGAGAGGCUGCGACUGUCCGCCGGUGGUCCGAGGGAUGGUGAGGGACCCCAAGAGGGAGGGGCUCCGGGCCUACAGGGGCCUCAGGCACACCUCUAAGUUCUGUGUGCUGUCAUAGCAAGCUAGGUGGAACUGCAGACAGCUUGCAAGGAGCUACAAACACACCGGGAAUGUGAUGAUCAAGAAUGUUCACACUGGACAAGCAAGGAGGGGCUUCUACUUAUUUUUCUGUUGUUUACUAGUGCAUGGACCACCUACAGUUGGAACAUGUAAAAUGUCAAAGUGGUGCAAAUCUGGUGAAUCUCCAGAUUUUUUUUACAGCUCUAUUCCAGUAUAUGAAGGAUUUGGUGUCGUAGACUUCCAGCCGGACACACACCACAAUUGUUAUUUUUUUCCUUCAUGAACAAAUUUCAAACUGUUGUUGCGUCUGUGAAUUAAAAGGGAUGACAUUCAUAUGGCACUACCAAAUCCCUGAUAGGGUAGGGCACCGAAAUUUGGUUUUAGUAGGAAUCGCUACGACUUACGUGGUUUUACCAAAGCCGAAAGAGGUUGCUGCAUUCAGCUCCUUAUUUCGGUGCUAAGUUUCAGUCAAGGUCUAUUCGUCUAAGGACAUGUUAAUCACUUCUACUCUGUUCAGUACAUUAAAGUUCUAGCCAAUCCUUCUACCUUUCCUGCGAUAGUGGGCGGGUCAUAUAAGACCGCUGACGGGGCGAGCACGACCUUCCAAAAUGCCGAAGUCGAAGCGCUUCCUGUUUCUUCCUGAUUUUAAUAAGUGACAUAGAAUGCCCCAUGCUCCCACGUAAACAAAACUUAAAUGAGAGCGUAGACUGUACAUAACGGCCCUACCUAAUGCCUCACUACCUCUGCAUUUGAAUAUAUUUCUUUAUAUCCUCCUCUCCAAGCAGAGGGUUACAGACCCCUCCAUCGCGAGGGUAAACCGCGUCGCGCUGAGCAGCGUCUUACAAAAGUUUACAUUUAAAUGUAAGUAAUGACUUUGCUGUAGCCUGACCUUUUGUCGUUGUGUAUAUUUAAGCACUGGAAAGUCUGAGCUAAGAGUUAGCUAGUAUUGGACCCAAUCCAAAUUCUUCCCUUCUCCGUACCCCUACACUUAGCCCUCCAAAUGGAGAGUUAUGAGAAAUAGUGUUAUAUUUUGGAUGUCACUUUCGUUUGAUGACGUCACCAAUAACCGUUGGUUCGGUAGCUUUAGGGCGGAGCUUACAGCGCUAGAAUAUACAUAACAACAGCGGUUUUAUAACUUUAAACAGGUGAUUCUACAACAAAAACUCAUUACUUACAUUUAAAUGUAAAUUUCUGUGCUUCGGAGCGCACCCACGUGAAGAAAAGAGCUUAGAGCAACUCAGUUUAAACUGCAAGAGGCAGGAUUUUAUAUUAGGGCUGGGCUAAUAAAAUCAAUUUGAACUGAUGUAAGCUUAAUAGACCAAUAAUCGAUUCAUAAAAAUAUAAAUCGAUUUGGCACAUAAAGCUAAAGUCUGCUAGAUUGAUCCUAACGUUUAAUAGAAUUUCCCGUAGGAUGGCUAAUGCUAACGCUCGGUCAACUUAAAUAUACAUUCCUGACUAAAUGAGCAUCUUCAUAAACUCAAAGACAUGAAUUUUCCAAAAAUCUUUUAAGGAAAUAUUUUUAAAGAAACCAUAUUUGGUCUAAAACAUCAUUUUUUUCAUCAUACUUUCUUCUUCUUCUGAAAUAUGUAAUGUUAUAGCGCGAUC